AUUGCAACCCGAUCCCCCGUUUCAAAGCUACCACUUUUCAGAGACACUUAAAAAUAUUUAACACUUUCCCCUAACCUUCACACGAUGGGUCCACACAACAAUCACUCAUAAUCAUCCCUUUCCCCAUUCACACAAACAAACACAACAACGCCACACUCACCUGAUCAAAGAAGCAUUUCUCUCGCAGCAUUUCUCACUAGUCAAAAACCCUCUGAGAGAGAGAGCUCACAACAAAGAUGACCGACGAAGACAAACCCAAAGCCUUCUCCGGCCACCACCAUCACCCUCCUCCACCGCAGCCACAACCCUUUCCCGCCGCCCAGUACGGCACCUUCCAAGGCGUCGCCAACUACCCUCCUCCGCCGCAGCCGCACCCCGCCAUCGGCUUCCCUCACCCCGUUCCGCCGCCAGGCGCCGCCGACUCCUCCGCCCCUCCUCCGCCGUACUACCCGGGGUACCAAGCCGUUCCCGGUUAUGCAGUUGCUGAAGGAAGACCUGUAAGAGAACGCCACCUUGGUUGCUGUGGCCUUGGUUGUGGCUGGUGUCUGUUUAUAUUAGGCUUCUUUCUUGCUGGUAUUCCAUGGUACGUCGGGGCAAUAAUUAUGCUUUGUUCCAGAGUAGACUAUCGAGAGAAACCUGGAUAUAUUGCUUGUGUAGUUGCUGCUGUUCUGGGUACAAUUGCGAUUAUUCUUGGUGUGACAAAGGGAGUAGAUGAUUGGUAAUCUUCAUGCCAAGAGUUGUAAAGUUUGCUAGACCAGUGCAUGUAAAGUUAAUCAGUUGCUGGAAAUUAUGUCUGAGUUCGGUUUAUGUAUUCAUUGAAAACUGCUACCAUGUCUAAUAUGUAUUGUUUGAUUUAUUACAAGGUUGUCCUGGUCCUGACUAUAUAUAUAUAUAUAUAUAUAUGAUGGGGCAAGAGUUUACAUUAAUUAUUUUUAUGGAAAAUUUUUAUAGUGAGUUAACAAUUAUAUGCUGACAUUAUUUGUAUGGAACAUUUUCAGUAUAAGGUCAUGUUUAUGGAUUGUUUUAAUAAGGAUCAUGUUUAUCUUACAUGCUCCUUCUCUCGGAUAGCAA